CAAUAUGCGAUUAAGGGCUUCAAGAUCGACGUAAUCAAAAUGAGACGUUUGUUUACAUCAUGGCGGUGGCGUCAGUGGAUUUCAGGGACAACCUUCUUGGGAUAUCUUGGGUUGACAGCGGCUGGGUACCCAUUCUUAACCCUGGAAAUGUUCUGGAUUACUUUUCUGAGCGAAGUAACCCGUUUUAUGACCGAACCUGCAACAAUGAGGUGGUAAAGAUGCAGCGCCUCACCCUGGAUCAUCUCAAUCAAAUGGUGGGUGUGGAGUACAUCCUUCUCCAUGCUCAGGAGCCGAUCCUCUAUAUAAUCCGUAAGCAGCAGAGGCAGUCAUCGGCACAUGUGAUACCACUGGCAGACUACUACAUCAUAGCAGGAGUGGUGUAUCAGGCCCCAGAUCUUGGAACGGUGAUCAGUUCCAGAGUGCUUUCUGCAGUCCACGGUAUCCAGUCUGCCUUCGAUGAGGCCAUAUCUUAUUGCCGCUAUCACCCGUCCAAAGGCUACUGGUGGCACUUCAAGGAUCAGGAGGAGAGAGAAAAAGCUAAACCCAAGUCCAAGAAGAAAGAAGAGCCCAGUUCUCUGUUUCAGAGACAACGUGUUGACACACUUCUGUUAGACCUCAGAUCCAAGUUCCCGCCGACGUUCUACCAGCCCAAGCCUGGUGAUAAGCCCAUUCCAGUUGAGGUGAAGAAGGAACCAGAACCAGCUUCAGACGCUGUGAAGCAGGAGGAGAGGGAGCCGGCCACCAAGUUGUCAGCCUCGGCUCCGCCCACUAAACCGCCGCCUGAGAAGAGAGCGCGCCUGCAGUGACCCUCCCUCCGCUCUUGCCUCAGCAACAAGGAGAAAUUCUGCUUCAUAUUGAUACAGCAUCAACAGCUUGUCUCCGCUGGAGUUUUUAUUUUUAUCUGAAACUUCAACUUUUCUUCUUUUGUGAACUGAACAGACUCAGAAUGAUGAGCAGCUUUUCUUCUGUUUUGGUAUUGGCCACAUUUAGAGCGGGAGCAGAGGUCAGGACAGGGGUCACCUGCUUGGACUUUCACGGUGAAUAAAGUUUAAAAUCCUUCCCAUCAGCACUGGUGUCAGCUUACGCACGGUAAAACGCCAUACCCGUUGAGUGGAGACGAGCUCAAACAUCAUCUUGUUUCAACUUUGACCUGUGCAUUUUUUCCUCUAGUUUUAACCACAUGUACAGAAUUUUCUUUCCAUUUGUAGUUUCAUCAAUGUUGAUUAAUAAAAACUCUCUUCUAACCAAGAA